AUGUAUGAACAAAUUGUCCUGCCACCGUUUGAUAAUGCAACAGACAUUCCCAUCACGAGGCGUCGUGAGCCGCAAGCAUCUACCCCUAUGGAGAGAAGUUCCCGUCAUGCCAGCAGCACGGAUUCCUCGUCAAACUACUCCAUCAACUGCAGGCCUCUCUAUCGCAAUCUGAACAUUUGCAUCACCAUCAGCAGCGUCAACCCCAAUUUUCUCCAGGCAAGGGAACUCCCAGACGAAGACUUGAGCAGGAUCCCCAAAGAUCUACGGAUGGAAGAACCGAUCUUGACUACCCUACAGCGAGAAACCGACAACCCGGCCAUUGAGAAUAAGAUGUUCUCCACUGGACAGAAAUCUUAUUACAAUUGGUUUGGUGGUGGAUGGAAGGGAAAAGAGGAGCUAGACGGGAGAAAGAAAAGGGCCAUCGAAACUUAUGUUGAACAUUUCUACCCAGAGGUAAAAGAUGCUGCCGUCUGGAGAGACCGUGUUGUGUCCAGAAUCAACGAAUGUCUUUGA